AUGGCGGACCCGGAGGUGUGCAGCUUCAUCACCAAGAUCCUGUGCGCCCGCGGCGGCCGCCUGGCCCUGGACGCGCUGCUGGGCGAGAUCGCGCUGUCCGAGGCGCAGCUGUGCGAGGUGCUGGAGGCGGCGGGGCCCGGCCGCUUCGUGCUGCUGGAGGCGGGCGGCCCGGCCGGGGUCACCCGCUCCGUGGUGGCCACCACCGCGGCUCGCGUCUGCCGUCGCAAGUUUUGCCGCCAGGACUGCGGCCACCUGCACCUCUGCAAGCUCAACCUGCUGGGCCGCUGCCACUACACGCAGGCGGACCGACAUUUGUGCAAAUACUCUCACGAUGUUCUCUCAGAAGACAACUUUAGAGUCCUGAAACACCAUCAGAUCUCUGGGCUGAACAAAGAAGAAUUAGCAGUGCUUCUGGUCCAAAAUGACCCCUUUUUCUUGCCUGAGAUAUGCAAAGAUUAUAAGGGAGAAGGCCGAAAAAAGAUCUGUGCCCAGCAGCCGUGCGAAAGACUCCACAUCUGUGAACACUUCACCCGAGGGAACUGUGGCUUUUCCAACUGCAUCCGGUCUCAUAACCUGAUGGACAGAAAGGUGCUGGUGAUGAUGCGGGAGCACGGGCUGAGCCGGGAGGUGGUGCAGAACAUCCAGGACAUCUGCAACAGCAAGCACAGCCCGAGAAGGACCGGGCUGAGAGGUCCUUCACGUAACCGGGACCCAGCAACUAGAGGUAGAAGCAAGAGCAGAGAUCGAUUCUUUUAUGGCAGUCAGGAAUUCCUCCCAUCUGCCCCAGCUUCAAACGGGAGACCCGGCACACCGGGUGCGGGUCCGACCGGCCGCAGGUCUCCCCCGGAGGAUGUGCCCGUCGAGGACCUCACCUGCAAGUUCAAGCAUUUGGGAAGCCAAGAUGGCCCUCCUCCUUCCUCGGCCUCACCCAAGGCCACCAAUCUGGGAGGAAGCGAGCCAGCGACAGGAACCCAAAGGUUUUCAGAGAAUGGCAGUCCAGAGGCCCUCUUCUAUGGCAGUACCACCCAGCGUUUCCCAUUUUCUGAUAAUCAUUCGGACGGAACGGCCACAGAUGUCACGUCUACGAGACCAGUGACUUACAACACCACAACCAAUAGACAGAGAGAAAAUUCAAUACCUAGGAGUCAGGAAAUCAGAACCACUCACCUUCCUUUUGACCCUAUCAUUGUAGAUGACAGUGAACACAGAGAGCAGGUAUUUUGUGCCAGUAAAGCUGUCCACUACACAACAAAUGGCUCCACUAAAGUUACAUAUGGAUCUGCUGAUGUCCCUGAUUUUGACUUAACAUCGGCCGUCAGAGCCAGAGCAGAUAAAGAUGUGUUACGCUCCACAAGUCAGAAUCUGAGACCCCAGGCCCUGCACACACUGGGGGAGACCAGUGCCUUCACAUCAGGGAGCACUCUGCACAGGUCACCACCUUUGACUCCAAAUGGCCCGACUAAAGUUACACUUGACGCUACUGAUGUCCUUGAUUUUGACUUCACAUCAGCCAUCAGAGGCAAUACAAGUCAGAAUCUGAGGCCCCAGGCCCUGCACACCCUGGGGGAGACCACUGCCCACACAUCAGCAAGCACUGUGCCCAAGGUACCACCUUUGACACCGUCCUCAAACAACAGAGCUACAGCCUCGGAGGCCCAAGGUCGGAACUCUGCUCAAAUGCCCGUCACCUCUGCCAGCGAGCUUGCCAGGAAGACACCGGGCUGCACGCUGAAUUCUGUAUCUGACGUCGCAAAUACCAUGGAUGAUCCUGGUUCAGAGGAAAUUUGUCUUGACCAUCUGUAUAAGGGUUGUCGAAAUAGAAGGUGCGACAAGGUUCACUUCCACCUGCCCUACCGCUGGCAGGUGAUGAAUGAGAACACCUGGGUGGACCUCCAGCCCAUGGAGAACAUUGAGAAGGCCUAUUGUGACCCCCAGAUCUGCAGCAUUCCUUUCGGAAAUUUACAAAUCAAUUUCCAGAAAAUGACUUGUGGUUUAAAACCCAUCCGACGUAUCUCCACACCUUCGUCUGUCAGACUGCCCGAUAAUACCGUCUUCGCCACAAAAUGGGUUUGGUAUUGGAAGAGUGGAUCUCACAGAUGGGUUCCGUACGGGGAGAAGGGAGACAAUCGGCAGAUUUCAAGCAUCGAUUCCUCAUACCUGGAGUCUGUCUUCCUCUGCACUCCGAGAGGCAUUGUGCCAUUUCAUGCAGGUUCUGAGAACUUUGAGCUGAGUUUCCAAGGGAUGAUGCAGACAAACAUAGCUUCCAAGACCCAAAAGGAUGUCGUCAGAAGACCAACGUUUGUGUCUGCCCGGCAAGUGGCGCAGAUGAAAAGUGGGCCAGACCAUCCGCCCGCACCGACCCUGCCCGCGCCUGUGGCCUCGAUGUUUCUUCCUCAGCAGAAGCCUCCCUCCCCGCCACCGAGUGGAUAUGAGUUGUCAGAGAUCAAUAGCUAUGGCUUGGAAUACGCCCGAGUGAGUGAGUAUUUUAAAUCGACGAUGAAACACGCCAAGAUUGAAAAAAUCAAGAAGCUCAAGAAUCCACAGCUCUGGGAUGCCUUUCAAAGGAGAAAAAUGGAGAUGAAGGUCCAAGAAACAAACCUGUUUUGUGCCACACACCGCACUCACGUGCAUUCUAUCUGUGCGAAUAAUUUUGACUGGAUCUCGCAGGGGACUCUUGACAUCACCUAUGGAAAAGGAAGUUACUUUACAAAAGAUGCCAUUACUGCCCAUAAAAGCUGCCCGUUUGAUCCCAAAAACAUCGUCAUGUUUUUUGCCCGAGUCCUGGUUGGAAGUACGAUUGAAGGAAAGAGGAGCUACGCCAGCCCUCCGCCACCAUAUGACAGCUGCGUGGAUUCCAGGCUGAAUCCUUCCAUUUUUGUCAUCUUUAAGAAAAAUCAGAUUUACCCAGAAUAUCUGAUUGAAUACGCCGAAACAGAUAAAGCCUGCGUGGUUAGUUAG